GUCCUCCGAGAGGAAGUGUGAGAGAAAGCUAAGGAGGUGGGACGCCUUGAUGCAAAAGGAGCUGCUUUGUGUCAGUGCACCUGUACUUUUAAGUGGAACUUCUUAAGGCUGUUAGAAGAUACGUUUUUAUAUUGGAAAACUCACCUGUGGACAGGUGAAGUGGAAUCAUGGGUGUGAUGUCACUGCUGCUGUUGAUGGCGAUUGGUUGGUGUGGUGGGGCGCCACCGGCGAGAGAGGUGUACAGAAUGCCACAGAGCGCACUUAAAGCGCUGUCUGAUAGAGGAACAGUAGUGAUGGAGGCCGCUCUGUCCCGCGCUCUGUCUGCCGUAGACGCUGCCGUAUCGGACCGCAGCAAGGCCGAGGCAGGCUGCAGAGGGUGUGUGCCCUGUCUGUUUCAGGACUGUGGACAGCGAAAAGACGCCUGUGCAUCUCCAGAGGACACACAGUCAGAGCCGAGCUGUGAGGUCAUAUCUCGCGCCCAGCAGGAAGCUGAUGAAGGAGAGAGGAGCUGGUUGCUGAGUCAGGCCUGUGGCUUCUACAAACGCCGUUGCACACCUGCACAGGUGAACAGAGACCUGUGCAUCAGAAUCAUGGGAGAGAGCUGCAGCGCUCGGGUCCUGCAGUGCAGUCUGCUCAACACCAUGCAGAACACCAUGCAGACCACAGCACAGGCUGUGUGUGGCCAGCGUUUCUCUGUCUCGCAAAACCUGACACAGCCUCGCGCUCGUAUCAUGGGGGGAUCUCCUGCUCCUCUGGGCAGCUGGCCAUGGCUGGUGAACCUUCGGCUGGACGGGGCUCUGAUGUGUGGGGGUGUUCUGGUUGACAGCUCUUGGGUCCUCACUGCCGCCCACUGCUUUGCUAGGAGCCGCGGUGAGAGUUACUGGACAGCUGUAGUGGGAGAGUUUGACCUCACAAAAACUGACCCUGAUGAGCAGAUCAUGAAAGUCAAUCGUAUCAUCACUCAUCCGAAGUUUAACCCAAAGACGUUUAAUAACGACAUUGCUCUGGUGGAGCUGAGUUCUCCAAUAAUUCUGUCUGAACGGGUCACACCUGUCUGCCUGCCCUCUGACCUCGAUCCACCGGCUGGUACACCCUGCUUGGUGGCCGGCUGGGGCUCUUUGUAUGAGGACGGACCCUCUGCAGAUGUGGUGAUGGAGGCGAAGGUGCCCCUGCUGUCUCACACCACCUGUCGCAGUGCACUGGGGAAGGAGCUGCUCACAAACACCAUGUUCUGCGCUGGGUACCUGUCUGGAGGCAUUGACUCAUGCCAGGGUGAUUCUGGAGGGCCGUUGAUCUUCCAGGACCGUUUAUCGGGACGGUUUCAGCUGUUUGGCGUCACCUCUUGGGGGGAUGGCUGUGGGGAGAGGGGAAAGCCUGGCGUUUACACUCGGGUCACCGCGUUCUCUGAUUGGGUCAUGACAGAGAUACAGAGUGAGUUGCUCAACAUGUUGCACACACACUACUGA